ACAAAGAUGGCACCACGGUUUCCGGUUCCGGUCUCUUGCUGUUGUGGGCGGGCGAUGGCUGCCGCAGGCAGCCCGCCGGGAGACAGCUUGGACCUGCCCUCAGCCAGCGCAGUCGGAGACUACGUGCUGCUGCUGCGGAGGCCUGGCGAGGGCGCGGGCGGAGAGAGCCUAAGCUCUGCAGAGUCCCAUUCCGUCCCCUGCUCUUCUGACAUAGAGCCAGACAGCGGCAACCUAAAUGCUGAACAAAAAGACUCUUGGAUCUGUGAGAACCUCUGGCCUGACUCUUCUGCCAAAAGCCAGUUGGAGGCCAAGAAAGAGGACAAUGGGCUUCGAGAAUCCCUGGAUAGAUUCUAUGAAGUGUUCAGCCAUCCCCAGCCAGCCUCUGGGGACCCGCUCUUGGCAUCUGUCUGCCAGUGCCUGUCUCAGAAAAUUGCUGAACUGAGGGGCCAAGGGAGCCAGAAGUACACCCUCCGCAGCUUCCAGAUGGCCCGGGUCAUCUUCAACCGGGAUGGCUGCUCAGUCUUGCGGAAGCACUGCAGGGACACCCGCUUCUACCCACUGCGUGAAGGAAGCACGGCUCUGGAUGAGGAAAAGCAGACCCCAGGACUUUCAAAAGCUAUCAUCCGCUUCCUCUUGCAGCAGAAUGUGAUGAAAGACCCCUAACUAGGGCUGGUGAUGGAAGCAGGCGGCAUUGGAGCAGAAGAAUGCCUCCUCUCAGAUCAAAGUCAGCCAAAUCUCUCAAAAUCAGAGGCAGAAACAACUUAUAUCCUGUGACUCCUGAGGAUGAGUGCAGCGAGAACGGAGGGAAUUCAGCAGGCAGAGGAGGAGAGGGAGACCUCAAACACUUGGCGCAAGAUUCUUCUGGAAUCUAAACUGUCAAUCUUGUUGAGUGCAGGAAAUGCCACAUAUUUAAAUACCUAUACUGGAAUGAGACCAAACUUCAAAAAUCCCUAGGAAGAGCACCAUAUAGUGAAAGCUUUAUGCGAUGGUGAAGAGAAAAGCUGUGGAUUAUCAAGACAUCAGAGAUGGAGGGAAAAUGCCACCACGGGGUAAAAAACCCCACCAGAACGGGAUGAAGGUCUGACUUCUCAGCUACCCUCUGCUUAGCACAAGCAGUAGAGGCAGAAGGGGCACACACUUGCACUUCCACCAGGAACCCCACUCAGACUUCUCAGCAGUUGGCCACCCCGGGCUACUUCUGCUCCUGGGAACCCCAAAGCUGCCCUGAUCUUUUGCAUUAGUCCUAUCCAAGAGAUUGAUUUUUCUCUUUGAUCUGAACCCAUCUUCUUUUAUCUUUGGGGGAGUUCGUCCUGAAUUCAGGGCCAGUCAGAGCAUUUCUUCUCCCAUUGACACACCAAUAUGUAUAAACAAUAUGCAUACAUUUUUCAAUCCUAUAUCCUGCACAUGCAGAACUUGGAAGGCAGAUUCAGGAAACAGGUUCAGUUCUCCUCUCCCAGUUGACUUUUAAGCACAUGCUAUCAAACCUUCCCCCCGACCCUGGAACAGUGUCUUAGGCUCUUCAUUGACUCUGGGCCAGUCCAGUGACUUAUCUGAACCCAGCCUUCCAGGUAGAGGAAUGGCAUCUCUCACAAGUCUUUGGUUCCUGACGUCAAAGAAGACCUUCGCAUCUUUGGCCAUGUUGAUCGAGCCUUUCUGCUGUCCAUUCCAGAAACAAACAUUAAAGUAGAGAAGUGUUGGGGAAGAAGCAAAAUGAAUGAUUGGCUUCCCAGUGGGUUCCAGUACUCUGUCUCUCCGUGUUGCCUCUGUGCAGUACCACUGAGAAAGCAAGGAUAACUUUUGUCUCUAGGACAAAGCCCUGUGCAGAUGUGUGCAGUAAAUAAAAUGUGCCUCAGUCUCCUUCUACCCAAGGCAUCCUGGAAUUAAGAUGCACCCCUCACAUGAACCCAUGAGGAUUGUACUGGGGAGUAUUACAUCACAGAAGAGCAUCACAUGACAACCCACAACCAGAUUUAAAUCCCAGCCCUGUCUCAACCCUUUCAGAAAACUACUAGCAUCUACUAAUGUCAAUGUGAAUGCAUAUACAUUAAAACAACCACGUGUAUAUGUAAGUGUUCUUAAUGUGCUUAUUCAUAUUUCCAAACCAGGAGCAAUCCAAAUAUAAACCAAAGACACAAUAUAUAAAUAUAUUGUUCCACAUUCAUAUUAUGGAAUAUUGUACAGCAAUUAUAGAGAAUGAAUUGUUUAUUGCUAUACCUAGCAACAUAGAGGAAUUCCACAGCUUUAAUAUCAGGUGAAAGUUGUCAGACACAAAGGAACACAUACUGUAUAAUGCCAUUUAGACAAAACUUUAAGACAGACCAAAAUAAUCCAUGGUGGUAGCCAUCAGAAGUUAUGUUUGGUGGGAGUAUUUCCGGGAAGGUGAGGGAACUUUCUGGGGUUCUGGGAAUGUUCUGGAUGUGAUGGUGACUACACCGCUGUAUAUGUGUAUAAAACUCUAGUGAUCUAUACACUUAAGGUUUGUGCAGUUCACCAUGUGGCUGUAGGCUAACAUGCUCAAUUUUUUGGUGUUAUUUUGUUUUUCUUUUGAGACAGAGUCAUACUCUGUAAUUCAGGCUGGCCUUGAUCACACUAUGUAGCCCAGACUGGCCUGGAACUCAUGGCGAUCUUUCUGCCUCAGCCUUACAAGUGCUGGGAUUAUAGGUAUGCACUACCGUGCUGGCUUAAUAUGCUGAAUUUUUAGAAAAAAAUCUUAAAACUUAAUUUUAAGAAAUGAACCCAAAGGAAAGCUCAGCCCUACUUCUUACUACUAUGAUUAUGGAAAGGAUAUUUUUGUGGUUUUCAUUUUAACUAAUCUAAUCUAUAAAGUGAGCAUUAGAGAUCUAAGCAAACUAUCUCAUAAUUUUUUAAAAAACCCAACCCACAGCAUUUAUGAAAUUACUUUGGAAACUAAGUUACUCCACCAGGUAGGUGUAUGUUACGAUGGGAGGCACAGCCAAGAGAACAGAAAGCACCCUCCUCUCUGGAUCCUCACUCGGUGAUAUGUUGCCAACCAAAAGGACUUUGUCAACAGCCCGGUGCUCUUGGUGAUUCUUCAGACCCAAAGCAUAGUUAGCCCACCUCCUUCUCAAUGUGAGCAGUUUGCUUCCUCUGAAACACAUAAGCAAAUAAAUGACUCUGUUCAUCUGAUGCAUUUCAUUAUGUGCAAACUCCAGACUGAAGGAGAACGUCCCUUGCUUCAAAACACCCAAGUGAUUAUGGCUUUACCUCCUAACUUCUCCUGAUAAAUGUUAAUUUUUUCAAUUCAUGUAGAAUUAUUUGCCAACCAUUUGGUGUAUUUGAAAAAUAGUUUCUAUCCUCUCCUGAGAGGAAGGUUUGGUUUGAGAGUUCUUAAUGACUACUUGCAUCAGGACUCUGACCUGACAUAAGAAACUGAUCCUCCACAUGGUGGUGCACAUCUGUAAUCCCAGCACUCAGGAGACUGAGCCAGGAGGAUCACCAUGAGUUCAAGGUCAGCCUGGACUACAUACCGAGACCGUAUCUAAAAGAAAAAAUGUAUUCCAGGACAAAACUACUUGGUUGUGCUCUUUAAAAAUAUCCUUAAAGGGCCAGGGAUUUAGCUCAAUGGUUCUGCCACCUGCCUCACAAGCACAAGGUCCUAAGUUCAAUCCCCAGUACCCAAAAAAAAAUCCUUAACGUCACAGAGAUAAAUGUUUAUGCUGUUGGCCACAAACACAGGGAAUUGUGUGGGUGCCCUGUACAGAGCCACUGUUUCUAUGGAGACACUUCCCAGCAUGCUGUGCUUUCUCUCCCCAGCUGGAGUCUACCCGCACCUCUCUUGCCCUUACUCCCUGACUGCUGCCACUGAUAUUGGGAUUGACCAUGGAAUACACAUCCACCACCGCACUUGGCCCAUAAUCACCAUUCAUAAAAGCAAAAUGACAUCAAGUAGUGAAUUGAGAGGAAAUCUGAAUUCAGUACCUGUACCCCUAAAUGCUUUGAUCUAUACACCAUUCCUUUGUCUGUCUGCUCUUCAGCCCACCCUGGUCUGUUGUGUGCCACUGGGUGACUGUGUUUUCCAGGCUUCCUUGUCACUUGUUCUCACAUAGGUUUGGCCACUAAGAGGCACUUGCACUGAAAAGGAGAAGCCAACCUAUUUCUCCCCCUUUCUCUUCUUGGGAGGAAGAGGAUACAUCUCUAGCAGGGGCUGCUGCUUGUCUGUUUCCAGCUCCCAUCAGUUUCUGGGCCAUGGCCCCACAUCCAGUCUUCCUACUCCACGAGGUCCAACUCCUACUAAGUGGCCUGUGUUUCUGAUCUCCAGGGAGGGCACCUCCUUUCUCAAUCCUUCCUUCUCUAGGGAUGUAGCAGCUGCCUGUAGUUGCUAAUCUCUGGCUUUCUCUGCCUUUCCCUAUUUGCCCUCUCCAGGUUUCUAAACCCUGUAUAUUAAUUCCUCUGUCAAAUUCCCUUUAUUGGUUUCAUUUUCCAGGCUGGACCCUGAUGGAUAACCUAUUUCAAAAGCAAUGUACAGAAUCAUGGUUCUAAAUCCUGCUUCCUAAAGGAACUAUGUUUGUUUUCUUCCUUCAUUCUUUGAAAGAAUUUCAGAAUGAUACCCUUCCCUGUGUCUUCUUUUCCUGAUAUUUUGUACUACUUGAGGUAAGAUUAUUUCCAUAAUAUAAUCAGCAAUCAAAAAUCUAAGUGUGCCCCAUAUUAUAAAGAUUUUAGCUAUUCCUAAAUUAGUCUACAGAUUUGAUGUAAUUCCUGUCAAAAAAUUAACAGGGUUUUUUUUUAAAGUGGAAAUUGAAAAUUCAUUCCAGAAUUUCUAUGGAAAUGCAAAGGGCCAGGAAUGGCCAAAACAAGGCAGGAGACCUUUUCCACCAGAUAGCAAGACUUAUUGAGAAGAUAUGAUAUAGAGAAAUUGAGGUACUGCUCCAAGGAACAAAAAGACCAAUAAAAUGGAGAGUGUCAAUGUUCUGGGAGUAUCCAAAACACAUCAAAGCAGAUAUGGACUCUAGAUGUUUUUUCAAAGUGGCAGUGAAAGACAGGAGGGAAGGAUGGACACUUCAACCAAAACUUCCCAGAACGACUGGUAAAGAAUGUGACUGUACCCCGACCUUACACCACCUUUAUUCUGAGCUCUGGUUCCUAAAGAAAACAUUGAUUUUUCUCCUUCAUCCUGCUUUGAAAGAAUUUCUGAGGAAUGCUCCCCCUGAUAGCCUUUUUUCCCCCGUGGUACAAAAAAAUUUAAAUGUGAAAGGCAAAAAUCAUAGAAAGUUAAGAAAAAACGAAAAUUAAAAAAAGAAAAGCUGAGUCUAAAUGUGGUAGGUCCAGGGCUGCCUUUUUUUGUCUCCUUCCCCCAUUCAAUAGCAAUAAUGAAAAGAUCUUUCCUAUAUCAUGGUUGGUCUUGAAGAAUAAAAACCUCCACCAGGUACAAUCUGUGAAGCCACAAGAUGAUGUUAACAUUGUUUAACACUAUGCUUUCAAGGGAAUGAGAAGACAGAGAACAUACAGGAAAACUGGAAUGCAGAUGCUUGAGGAAGGUGACAGGUUUUUUUGAGGCAGGGUCUCCCUUUGUAGUUCAGGCUGGCCCUGAACUCACUAUGUAGCCCAGGCUGUCCUCAAACUUUCGGCAAUCCUCUUGCGUCAGCCUCUGGGGUGCUGGGAUUACAGGCAUGUGCCACCAUGCCCAGUUUGGAAGGUGACAGUUUUAAAGAAUCUUUUAAGCAGAGGGUUUUUUUUUUUUGUAUUGGGGAUUGAACUCAGGACCUUGUGCUUUCCAGUCAGGCGAGGUGCCACUGAGCUGCCUCCCCGGCCCCUUUUAAGCAGAGAUUGUAAACUAUUAAGGAACCAUUGGAAUCAAUGCACUUGAAAGAGCAGUUAGAACCCUUAUAUAAUUUGUUUUUGGUACAGGGGAUCGAACUCGGGACCUUGCGCUUGUGAGGCAGGCAAUGGAACCACUGAGCUAAAUCCCUGGCCCUCCCUUAUAUAAUUUUAACAGUGGAGGAAGACCCUGUCACAGAGUUGUCAAAGAAGGGCCUCACUUGACAUCUUCUUUUUGGUACUCACUGUUUUCAAGUAAAGACUUUUUGUGCCCAAAAUAUUCUUUUUUGUUUGAUUUGAAAGAAUUUCAGAUUUCAGAAAAAAAUGUAAAAAUAGUAUAAAAUUUUCCAUAUGCUGUUUAUCCCAAUUGUCCAAAUGUUAACAAUGGCUUAGCAUUGUCCCUAACUAUAUAUUUUUAAAUAAAUUUGAGAGUAAGUGGUAUAUAUUUACGUAUAGAGACCUUGGUGUACAUUUUGCAAAAGCAAGGACAUUGUUUUACAUGACCACAGUACUAAUUUUCAAAAUCAGCAAACCAAAAAAAAAAAAAAAAAAAA